AUGGCGGGGGAAGUGCGCCAGCCUAUAGAUAUUCCCUCGUUGGAGAAGUACAUUGACCAGAAUGUGCCGGAGAUUAAGAUUCCACUUGGUUUUCGCUUCGGUCAAUCGAAUCCUACCUAUCUUCUUACUGCCGCCGAUGGCAAGCACGUCGUUCUGCGUAAGAAGCCCCCUGGCAAGCUGCUCUCAAAGACGGCUCAUAAAGUCGAGCGCGAGUACAAGAUUAUCCGCGCAUUGGGGGAUACCGAUGUCCCCGUUCCCAAGGCAUUCUGUCUCUGCGAAGAUGACAGCGUGAUUGGAACCGCAUUCUACAUCAUGGAGUUCCUCGACGGGCGGCAUUUCACCGACCCAGCGAUGCCCGGUGUGAGUGGGGAGGAGAGGAAAGCACUCUGGAAGAAUGCCGUCCAAACGCUGGCGAAGUUCCACAGCGUAGAUCCCAAAGGCGUCGGACUCGAAACCUUUGGCAAGCCGACAGGGUUCUUCGACCGUCAAGUCGCCACUUUCAAGACAAUUUCCAAAGCACAAGCGGCAGUCGUCGAUGCAGACACUAAAGAACCCGUCGGCGACCUCCCGCACUUCGAUGAUAUGGUGGCGUUCUUCUCACAAAAGAACACACAACCACUGGACCGGGGCACACUCGUGCAUGGUGACUACAAAAUCGACAACAUGAUCUUCCACAAGACGGAGCCGCGCGUGAUCGGAAUUCUAGAUUGGGAAAUGGCGACAGUAGGACACCCGCUCUCGGAUUUCUGCAAUCUCACGAGCCCGUACAUAAUGGAUGGUGGGGACAGUCAACUAUCACAGUUCGCACCGGGGGUUGUUGCGGGGCUGCCGCGGCGAGAGGAGUGCAUUGGCUGGUACGCUGAAACGUCUGGGUACGAAACGAGCUCCGACGUGGCGUGGGGUGAUGCGUUCUUUGCAUUCCGGGGUUCUGUCAUCAUGCAGGGCAUUGCGGCCCGGUUGGCCGGGAGGCAGGCUAGUAGUUCUCGGGCUAGUGACUAUGCGAAAAGGGCAAACCCGUUUGCCGAGGAGGCUUGGGAGAGGGUAAAGGGGGUUAAAAGGGCUGCUGAGGGGAAAUUGUAG